GUGCUCUAUUGGGUCAAAUUAUCCGUUGGGUCUAAUUAUCGCUUUGGUCCAGGUGCACUUUUGAUCUAUUUUGGGGGGAGAAUUUCUAACCAUCACUGGAAAUGUAAUCUAGGUAAGCAAUGAGACAUCUAUUCUUUUAUCUCAUUACAUUACUAUUUUGUCACCAACAAAGGUAUAUAUUAUCAACUUGCUGCCUCGCUAUACCUCUGAAGCAAGAGACCUACCUGCCUUUAAAGACAUGAAGUAAUUUCUAAUUGCAACUUACUAUUGUUCGUAAAAUAUUGGAAUUCCCAUUCUGUUAAUGGUAGCAUGUCAACCUGCGGUAUGUGAGGUAUACGUCGAAUUAUCCUCAAGGCUGCAAUUAUGGGCUAUUAACACGAAUAAAUGAGAUAUAAACUACGGCGUUUCCAUGUGGGUCACACAGUACCUCUACAACUCUCCAAUAUGAUUGUCCCCUUCACCUUGCUCUUGGUUUUUGGUCUUUGGAACAACAAUCUCGUUUCAUCUCAAGCCACUGAUCCUACUUAUUCACAAUGGAACAUAAAAGUGGAAUACGAUCAGUUUGGUGGCACCCCUCCGAAAUGUUUGGCUGAAUGUAACACGUCGUGCGUCCAAGGCGAGAGUUUAUGCUUUGCUAACUUGAUUCACGUGGACACCCCAGACAAGAAAUUGAACCCUCUGGACGAGAAGUUUUAUGUACAUUGCAUGUGCUCGAAAUCAACCAUCAGAAGAGAUCCAGGCUUGUUUUGUGGUCCAGGGAUCACUUGUCCAGGAGCAACAACCACAGCCACAACCACAACCACUACCACUAACACACUUGAGUAGGGUUUCAUCGGUAAAUGGUUUUGAAACACUAUUGAAAUGUAUUAAUAAAGAAAACUUGAAUUUGGA